GCGCGCACUCUCCAGUGAUGUGACUACGACCGUGUAUCACUCUACAUCACAACUAUUAUCAGAUUGUUUAGAACUGUUGUCCCGCUGGCAUAAUUCGGAUCGUAAAUAAGUUGCAAAGUUGUACGUUCGAAUUAUUUGGAUCCAUUAUCAGUUGAACCCUACAAAAAUGUCGAGUAACGACUCGAUGAGCAGUUCGAGGCUGAGUCAGUUCGGCCUGUACCGGACGAUCGACGCCAGAACCGAGGAGUUCCUGAAGCUGUCGAGAAAGCGGCAGAUCCGGCAGGGCUGCGCGUGCGCCGCCGUCUCCACUGCCAUCACCGUUACCGUCGUCGUGGUAAUUUUAAUUAUUUACGAGUACGCAAUCGCAGUGGAAUGGAGCUUAGUACAAAAGAGUAGAGCACAUAGGAAGAGUGACAACAUCAGUACAUCACACGACAGUCCCGUGGCUGACCGACUGGACCGGAGCUACUUCGGUUUCGACCAAGACUACUUCGAACGCAUGCCACUGUUAGUGAACGCGAUGCAAGAAAAUAGUUACGUCGAUCCCUUCGUUGAUAUCCCUACACAAAGACGGGGAUCAAAAAUGGUUUCCAUACAACACACGAUCACGACGACGCCCAUGCCACAAGGGCCCAUUCGACGAACCAGCCCUCGACCGUUCAUUUACGAAAUGAGGAGUCCCACACCCGUACCUUUCAGCAAAACUUUUGGAUCAAAAAGUUGGAUAGAAAGUUACCGCAAUGCACAAAGACUCAAAAAUAUACAAGAAAUUAUCAAGUACUUAGAAAAAACUGUCAACGCUAAAGCGGCCGAUUUUCAUUCUGUUCCAAGCACUCAUAUAGCUUUUUCUGGCGUUUAUGUAGAACCAAUGGUUCAUAACAAACACAGUGAUCAUAAUCAGGAUGGCACUGACGAUUUAUUAGCCGUGAGCUCUAAUAGGGAAGAAGUCAUCAAGUCAAACCAUCUUCCUGACCCUCUGUAUAGAUUCAAGCCGGACACUCCGAGUGACGUCAACAUGUUAGCAGAUAGCUAUUUAAGGUUUCUUCCUAUCGCUGAUUAUAGCUUCACAAAUAGAACUGAACAUACUAAAAUUCCCAUGUUCAAACCUAUUCCUUCGCAUCAUAGAAACAAUCCAACACAAUCGUCUAGUGACAAGUACAGUACAGUUUUAAAACCCAAAACGUUCAGUGUCAUGCUAAGUUUAUUCCCUUUACUUAAUUCACAUUCAGAUUGGAAAAAUGGUUACACAACGAAACCGCCGCCGCCUGUGGCUGAUAUCAUCUCAAUCACGACAACACGGCGACCGCAGUUUAGAAGAAAAUCAAAUGUCCCCAUAAGACGAAUUAUUCAAUAUAAAAAACGGCCUAGAUUAUUAAAUGUUAUCGAUAAACAUAAAUCAAGCACGAAAGUGGAGAAAGAUUUCCAAAAUAUUUCAUAUAAACCGUCAAACAUGGUUCUACAUAUCAAUUUGUAUACGCCUGACAAAACUACGGAACCAAGUACAUAUAAUAGCACUUUUUCACGAGAACAAUAUGGUCUACCAACUGUCUCCUAUGAGCCGACUACAGAAAUUCCAUUUAAAACAUCAACAGUGAAGGUUGAAGAUUUCCAUAUGGGCAGUUCGGGAAUAAUACCGAUUGAAUCCAGAUCUAACAGCCCGACGCCAGCGCUGCAACCCUUACCUAAAGUAACAACUAUGACACCAUUUUUUGAUAUCACACCUUCAUCAGAUAUCCAUUCAUUUACCACGCCUACUCCACCGGAAAUAAUGAAGUUUAGUCAUGAAGACGCAAAGAUACCGCAUGAAUACCAAAAUUACAGGCCAACAGAAGAAUAUGACCAUGUGAUAGAAUUCGAGAGAAGAAGCAUGAAAGAAAGUUUUGAAACAAAGAUGGAUAUGGAAUCGAGAGAAGAUAUUCAUCUAGAGAGACAUAUUUAUCUCAUGAACGACAGUAAAGUCUCUGAUGACGAACUAAAUGAUACUUUGAGCAAUUGGGAUCACAGAAAGUUACUGGUGAAGCUUAAAAAUAUUUUAGAAAACGAAACAAGCGAUGAGAUCACAGAAGCACCAGUAAGAGACAAUCUAGAAAGUACAACCGCAAAACAAACAAAUGGCCACUCGAGACAUCUGAACCAAAACUAUAGGAUCUUAAACAAGUGGUUGGACCCAAAUUCAGAAGAAAAUAGAAAAAGAAGGUAUGAACUCUAUGCUAAAGGCUUCCGUCGAGCGUCCUUCAACACUACUUACGUCGAAAUCAAAAGAAACAAAACUGCCAUAAUUAAUGAAAAGAAUAUCUCUCAUGAUAGCGACGCCAAUGUAUGAUAAUACAACUCUACUCGGAGUGUCCCACCGAAUUUUAUUUUUAACCAUACUUUG